GCCGAUUAUUGGGCCUUUAACACCCAACUGGUUGGGAGUAUUCUGAGCUUCGUCAUAACUCAAUAUGGCUAAAAUAUCCUUAGCUUUUUUUGUGUUCCUCGUGGUCAUUUUCGUUGUUGCUAUCUCAGAAAUGGCGACUGCGGACGACGAACCACAAAUAUGUGAAAAGAGGUCAGAUAUAGUUGCUUCUGCUACUAUGACUGUAAGAAGGUGCCACCUCCAAAACCUGGGUCACCACCUGCUGUUGUUGUCUCGCCGCCUCCUCCUGGUGGCGGGGGAUCCCCACCUUCUCCAGACGCCGGUGGAUCCCCACCUUCUCCAGACCAGGGUGGAUCCACACCGGCCUGCUGAUGGCAGGGAAUUGUCAGGUUGUGUCGUCGCAAUAACUGAUGAUAUGAUGCCCGCGCAAAACUGA